GACAACGUUCCUCACGCUGACGACAAGGUUCCUCACGCUGAGGACAACGUUCCUCACGCUUUGGACAAGGUUCCUCACGCUGAGGACAAGGUACCUCACGCUGAGGACAAGGUUUCUCACGCUGAGGACACAAGGUUCCUCAAGCUGAGUACAAGGUUCCUCACGCUGAGGACAACGUCCCACACGCUGAGGACAACGUUCCUCACGCUAAGGACAAGGCCACUCUCGCUGGGAUAAGGUUCCUCACGCUGACGGCAAAGUCCUCACGCUGAGGAAAAGAUUCCUCACCCUGAGGAUAAGGUUCGUCGCUCAGAGGGCAAGGUUCCUCAAGCUGAGGACAAGGUACCUCACGCUGAGGACAAGGUUCGUCGCGCUGAGGACAAGGUUCCUCAAGCUGAGGACAACGUUCCUCACCCUGAGGACAACGUUCCUCACGAUGAGGUCAACGUUCCUCCCGCUGAGGACAAUGUUCCUCACGCUGAUGUCAAAGUUCCUCGCGCUGAGGACAAGGUUCCUCACGUUGAGGACAAGGUUCCUCACGCUGAGGACAAGGUUCCUCCCGCUGAGGACAAUGUUCCUCAAGCUGAGAACAACGUUCCUCACGCUGAGGACAACGAUUCUCACGCUGAGGUCUAGGAUCCCACGGUGAGGACAAGGUUCCUCAAGCUGAGUACAAGGUUCCUUACGCUGAGGACAACGUCCCUGACGCUGAGGGCAAGAUUCCUCACGCUGAGGACAAGAUUGCUUCGCUGAGAACAAGGUUCCUCACGCUAAAGACAAUGUCCCUCACCAUGAGGACAACAUUCCUCACGCUUUGGACAAGGUUCCUCACGCUGAGGACAAGGUUCGCCACGCUGAGGAGAAGGUUCCUCUAGCUGAGGACAAGGUUUCUCACGCUGAGGACAAGGUUCGUCGCGCUGAGGACAAGGUUCCUGAAGCUUAGGACAAGGUUCCUCAGCCUGAGGACGACGUUCCUCAGCCUAAGGAAGACGCUCCUUACGCUGAGGUCAAGGUUCCUCGCGGUGAGGACAAAGUUCCUCGCGCUGAGGACAAAGUUCCUCACGCUGAGGACAAGGUUCCUAACGCUGAGGACAAGGGUCCUCACGCUGAGGACAAGGUUCCUCGCGCUGAAGACAAGGUUCCUCACGCUGACGACAAGGUUGGUCACGCUGAGGAAAAGGUUCCUGACGCUGAGGACAAGGUUCCUCAUGCUGAGGACAAGGUUUCUCACGCUGAGGACAAGGUCCUCAAGCUUCCUGAGGACAAGGUUCCUCACGCAGAGGACAACGUCCCUCACGCUGAGGCAACGUUCCUCACGCUAAGGACAAGGCCACUCUCCCUGGGAUAAAGUUCCUCACGCGGACGACAAAGUCGUCAGGCUGAGGAAAAGGUUUCUCACGCUGAGGACAACGUUCGUCACGUUGAGGACAACGUUCCUCACGCUGAGGACAACGUUCCUCACGCUAAGGACAAGGCCACUCUCGCUGGGAUAAGGUUCCUCACGCUGACGGCAAAGUCCUCACGCUGAGGAAAAGAUUCCUCACCCUGAGGACAAGGUUCGUCGCUCAGAGGGCAAGGUUCCUCAAGCUGAGGACAAGGUACCUCACGCUGAGGACAAGGUUCGUCGCGCUGAGGACAAGGUUCCUCAAGCUGACGACAACGUUCCUCACCCUGAGGACAACGUUCCUCACGCCGAGGUCAACGUUCCUCCCGCUGAGGACAAUCUUCCUCACGCUGAUGUCAAGGUUCCUCGCGCUGAGGACAAGGUUCCUCACGUUGAGGACAAGGUUCCUCACGCUGAGGACAAGGUUCCUCCCGCUGAGGACAAUGUUCCUCAAGCUGAGAACAACGUUCCUCACGCUGAGGACAACGUUUCUCACGCUGAGGUCUAGGAUCCCACGGUGAGGACAAGGUUCCUCAAGCUGAGUACAAGGUUCCUUACGCUGAGGACAACGUCCCUGACGCUGAGGACAAGAUUCCUCACGCUGAGGACAAGAUUGCUCUCGCUGAGAACAAGGUUCCUCACGCUAAAGGCAACGUCCCUCACCCUGAGGACAACAUUCCUCACGCUUUGGACAAGGUUCCUGACGCUGAGGACAAGGUUCGCCACGCUGAGGAGAAGGUUCCUCUAGCUGAGGACAAGGUUUCUCACGCUGAGGACAAGGUUCGUCGCGCUGAGGACAAGGUUCCUGAAGCUUAGGACAAGGUUCCUCAGCCUGAGGACGACGUUCCUCAGCCUAAGGAAGACGCUCCUUACGCUGAAGUCAAGGUUCCUCGCGCUGAGGACAAAGUUCCUCGCGCUGAGGACAAAUUUCCUCCCGCUGAGGACAAGGUUGGUCACGCUGAGGAAAAGGUUCUUCACGCUGAGGACAAGGUUUCUCACGCUGAGGACAAGGUCCUCAAGCUUCCUGAGGACAAGGUUCCUCACGCUGAGCACAACGUCCCUCACGCUGAGGCAACGUUCCUCACGCUAAGGACAAGGCCACUCUCCCUGGGAUAAGGUUCCUCACGCGGACGACAAAGUCGUCAGGCUGAGGAAAAGGUUUCUCACGCUGAGGAGAACGUUCCUCACGCUGAGGACAACGUUCCUCACGCUAACAACAAGGUUCCUCACGCUGAGGACAACUUUCCUCACGCUUUGGACAAGGUUCCUCACGCUUUGGACAAGGUUCCUCACGCUGAGGACAAGGUUCCUCAAGCUGAGUACAAGGUUCCUCACACUGAGGACAACCUCGCUCACGCUGAGGACAACGUUCUUCACGCUAAGGACAAGGCCACUCUCGCUGGGAUAAGGUUCCUCACCCUGACGACAAAGUCGUCAGGCUCAGGAAAAGGUUUCUCACGAUGAGGACAACGUUCCUCACGCUUAUAACAACGUUCCUCUCGCCAACGACAAGGUUCCUCACCCUGACGACGAGGAUCCUCACGCUGAAAACAAGGUUCUUCAGCCUGAGGACAAGCUUCCUCAAGCUGAGUACAAGGUUCGUCACGCUGAAGACAACGUUGCUCAGGCUGAGGACAACGUUCCUCUCGCUGAGCACAAGGUUUCUCUUGCUUAGGACAACGUUCCUCACGCUGACGACAAGGUUCCUCACGCUGAGGACAACGUUGCUUACGCUGAGGACAACGUUCCUCACGCUGAGGACAACGUACCUCACGCGGAGGACAACGUACCACGCGUUGAGGACAACGUUCCUCACGCUGAGCACAAGGUUUCUCUUGCUUAGAACAACGUUCCUCACGCUGACGACAAGGUUCCUCACGCUUUGGACAAGGUUCCUCACGCUUUGGACAGGGUUCCUCACGCUUAGGACAAGGUUCCUCACGCUGAGGACAAGGUUUCUCAUGCUGAGGACACAAGGUUCCUCAAGCUGAGUACAAGGUUCGUCACGCUGAGGACAACGUUCCACACGCUGAGGACAACGUUCCUCACGCUAAGGACAAAGCCACUCUCGCUGGCAUAAGGUUACUCACGCUGACGGCAAAGUCCUCACGCUGAGAAAAAGAUUCCUCACCCUGAGGAUAAGGUUCGUCGCGCAGAGGGCAAGGUUCCUCAAUCUGAGGACAAGGUUCCUGACCGCGCUGAGGACAAGGUUCCUCAAGUUGAGGACAACGUUCCUGACCCUGAGGACAACGUUCCUCACGCUGAGGUCAACGUUCCUCCCGCUGAGGACAAGGUUCCUCGCGCUGAUGUCAAGGUUCCUCGCGCUGAGCACAAGGUUCCUCACGCCGAGGACAAGGUUCCUCCCGCUGAGGACAAUGUUCCUCAAGCUGAGAACAACGUUCCUCACGCUGAGCACAACGUUUCUCACGCUGCGGUCCAGGUUCCCACGCUGAGGACAAGGUUCCUCACGCUUUGGACAAGGUUCCUCACGCUGAGGACAACGUCCCUGACGCUGAGGACAAGAUUCCUCACGCUGAGGACAAGGUUGAUCUCGCUGAGAACAAGGUUCCUCACGCUAAAGACAAUGUCCCUCACCCUGAGGACAACAUUCCUCACGCUCUGGACAAGGUUCCUCACGCUGAGGACAAGGUUCGCCACGCUGAGGAGAAGGUUCCUCAAGCUGAGGACAAGGUUUCUCACGCUGAGGACAAGGUUCGUCGCGCUGAGGAGAAGGCUCCUCAAGCUUAGGACAAGGUUGCUCACCCUGAGGACGACGUUCCUCACUCUGAGGAAGACGUUCCUUACGUUGAGGUCAAGGUUCCUCGCGCUGAGGACAAAGUUCCUCACGCUGAGGACAAGGUUGCUCACGCUGAGGAAAAGGUUCCUCACGCUGAGGACAAGGUUCCUCAUGCUGAGGACAACGUCCCUCACGCUGAGGACAACGUUCUUUACGCUAAGGACAAGGCCCAUCUCGCUGGGAAAGGUUCCUGACGCUGACGACAAGGUCCUCACCCUGAGGAAAAGGUUCCUCACACUGAGGAUAAGGUUCGUGGCGCUGAGGACAAGGUUCCUCAAGCUGAGGACAAGGUUCGUCACGCUGUCGACAACGUUUCUCACGCUGAGGACAAGGUUCCUCAAGCUCAGGACAAGGUUUCUCACGCUGAGGACAAGGUUCCUCACGCUGAGCACAACUUCCCUCACGCUGAGGACAACGUUCUUUACGCUAAGGACAAGGCCCAUCUCGCUGGGAAAGGUUCCUGACGCUGACGACAAGGUCCUCACCCUGAGGAAAAGGUUCCUCACACUGAGGAUAAGGUUCGUGGCGCUGAGGACAAGGUUCCUCAAGCUGAGGACAAGGUUCGUCACGCUGACGACAACGUUCCUCACGCUGAGGACAAGGUUCCUCAAGCUGAGGACAACGUUCUUUACGCUAAGGACAAGGCCCAUCUCGCUGGGAAAGGUUCCUGACGCUGACGACAAGGUCCUCUCCCUGAGGAAAAGGUUCCUCACACUGAGGAUAAGGUUCGUGGCGCUGAGGACAAGGUUCCUCAAGCUGAGGACAAGGUUCGUCACGCUGUCGACAACGUUUCUCACGCUGAGGACAAGGUUCCUCAAGCUCAGGACAAGGUUUCUCACGCUGAGGACAAGGUUCCUCACGCUGAGCACAACUUCCCUCACGCUGAGGACAACGUUCUUUACGCUAAGGACAAGGCCCAUCUCGCUGGGAAAGGUUCCUGACGCUGACGACAAGGUCCUCACCCUGAGGAAAAGGUUCCUCACACUGAGGAUAAGGUUCGUGGCGCUGAGGACAAGGUUCCUCAAGCUGAGGACAAGGUUCGUCACGCUGACGACAACGUUCCUCACGCUGAGGACAAGAUUCCUCAAGCUGAGGACAACGUUCCUCACCCUGAGGACGACGUUCUUCACGCUGAGGUCAAGGUUCCUCGCGCUGAGGACAACGUUUCUCAAGCUGAUGUCAAAGUUCCUCGCGCUGAGGACAAGGUUCCUCACGCUGAGGACAAGGUUCCUCACGCUCAGGACAACGUUCCUCACGCUGACGACGUGGAUCCUCACGCUGAAAACAAGGUUCUUCAGUCUGAGGACAAGGUUCCUCGCGCUGAGGACAACGUUCCUCACGCUGAGGACAAUGUUCUUCUCGCUCAGGACAAGGUUCCGCACGCUGACAACGAGGAUCCUCACGCAGAAAACAAGGUUCUUCAGUCUGAGGACAAGGUUCCCACGCUGAGGACAAGGUUCCUCACGCUGAGUGCAACGUUCCUCACGCUGAGGACAACGUUCCUCAAGCUGAGGACAACGUCUCUCACGAUGAGGACAACGUUCCUCACGCUGAGGUCAAAGUUCCCACGCUGAGGACAAGGUUCCUCACGCUGAGGAAAAGGUUCCUCACGCUGAGAACGCCGUUCCUCUCGCUAAGUACCACGUUUCUCACGCUGACGACGAGGUUCCUCAAGCUGAGUACAAGGUUCCUCACGCUGAAGACAACGUUGCUCACGCUGAGGACAACGUUCCUCACGCUGAAGACAACGUACCUCACGCUGAGGACAACGUUCCUCACGCUGACGGCAAGGUUCCUCACGCUGAGGACAACUUUCCUCACGCUUUGGACAAGGUUCCUGACUCUUUGGACAAGGUUCCUCACGCUGAGGACAAGGUUCCUCAAGCUGAGUAGAGGGUUACUCACCCUUGAGGAGAACGUCCCUCAGGCUGAGGACAACGUUGCUCACGCUUAGGGCAAAAGCACUUUCGCUGGGAUAAGGUUCCUCACGCUGAUUACAAAGUCAUCACGUUGAGGAAAAGGUUCCUCACGCUGAGGAUAAGGUUCGUCGCGCUGACGAGAAGGUUCCUCAAGCUGAGGACAAGGUUCCUCACGCUGAGGACAAGGUUCGUCGCGCUGAAGACAAGGUUUCUCAAGCUUAGGACAACGUUCCUCACCCUGAGGACGACGUUCCUUACGCUGAGGUCAAGGUUCCUCGCGCUGAGGACGGAGUUCCUCACGCUGAGGACAACGUUCCUCACGCUGAAGAAAAGGUUCCUCACGCGGAGGACAAGUUUCGUCGCGCUGAAGACAAGGUUCCUCAAACUGAAGACAACGGUCGUCACGCUGAGGACAACAUUCCUCACGCUGAGGUCAAGGUUCCCACGCUUAAGACAAGGUUCCUCACGUUGAGGACAACGUCCCUGACGCUGAGGACAAUAUUCCUCACCCUGAGGACAAAGUUGCUCACGCUGAGAACAAGGUUCCUCACGCUAAAGACAAUGUCCCUCACCCUGAGGACAACGUUCCUCACGCUGAGGAUAAGCUUCUUCACGCUGAGGACAAGGUUUCUCACGCUGAGGACAAGGUUCCUCAAGCUGAGUAGAAGGUUCCUCACCCUGAGGACAACGUCCCUCGGGCUGAGGACAACGUUCCUCACGCUUAGGACAAGGCCACUUUCGCUGGGAUAAAGUUCGUCACGCUGAUGACAAAGUCGUCACGCUGAGGAAAAGGUUCCUCACGCUGAGGAUAAGGUUCGUCGCGCUGAGGAGAAGGUUCCUCAAGCUGAGGACAAGGUUUCUCACGCUGAGGACAAGGUUCCUCAAGCUUAGGACAACGUUCCUCACCCUGAGGACGACGUUCCUCACCCUGACGACGACGUUCCUUACGCUGAGGUCAAUGUUCGUCGCGCUGAGGACAAGGUUCCUCACGCUGAGGACAAGGUUCCUCACGCUGAGGACAAGGUUCCUCGCGCUGAAGACAAGGUUCCUCACGCUGACGACAAGGUUGCUCACGCUGAGGAAAAGGUUCCUCACGCUGAGGACAAGUUUCGUCGCGCUGAAGAGAAGGUUCCUCAAACUGAGGGCAACGGUCGUCACGCUGAGGAGAACGUUCCUCACGCUGAGGUCUAG